CACCUUGAAUUUCUCCUGCAGAACAAGGAUCACCAUGGGAGAGAAUUCGAGCAGGAGGAAGAAAAGAAAACAAGAAGAAUCAGCCACGUCCUCAUCUGAAUCAUCUUCUGAAUCUGACUAUGAAGUUGAUGGCUCCUCUGAAGAUGAAAAACGGCAAAAGCGUCGGCACAAACGGCGUCGUGAGGGGGAGAGGAGUCGGAGGAGCUCCUCAAGGAGUGAUAAGCAUAGGGAGAGGGUGAAGAGAAAAAAGAAGCAUGUGAAGAAGCGGGAGCAUAGAGGCAGCAGCAGUAGUAGGAGAUCGAAACGAGAGGGAAAGAGGAAGUAUUCGGAUUCUAGUGAAUCGGACACCGGUUCCGGGUCAGACUGUGAUGAUUUCCAGCCCAAGCAGCGAAGGGAUAGUCCUGGGGAUGUGGUCAAAGGCAUAUUGCAGGAGUUCCCUACUGUAGCUGGUGAUUUGGAACAGCUUCUACAAAUGAUUGAUGAUGGACAAGCUGUAGAUAUAAGGGGUUUAUCUGAAAAAUUGUUGGUCAAGCGUCUGCGAAAACUGUUCCUCUCCUUAAACCUUAAGGAAACAGGUGAUCAUGUUUUUCUAUUACCAUCAAAAGCAUUUCCUACUUUGGAGACUGUAGGACCCUUAAUCCGCUCCCAAAUGCAACUUCGAAGUCAAGGGUUGCAUCAAAAUGAUGAGCAGUCCAAGCCAUUGGAUUCGGGAGUUGGACAGGAACAUUGUAAUGCCAAUUUGAGUUUGCCAAAUGAAGUAGCUAAUGGUCAUAAUGCCAAUUUGAGUUUGCCAAGCGAUAAUGCUACCGCUUACGAUGCUAAUUUAAGCUUGCCUGCCGAAGAAGAUACUGGCCCAAAAAAGAGGGUGAUUGGCCCUGCAAUGCCUUCUGCAGAACUACUUGCUGCCGCAGCUAAGUUAACUGAAGCACAAGCGGAGCUGAGGGAUGUUGAGCUGGAAGAAGAUACUGAAUUGUUUAUAGGACCCCCACCUCCUGCUUUGGUGACUGAGGUAGAAUCAGCAAACGAGGCCGAACGUUUUGAAGAGGUUACAAGAAUCAUGGGAGCAGAUGCAGACAACUCAUAUGAUGUUUUGGGUGCGAACAGAAAUAUGCUGAGUGAUAACAUGAAGAAAAGGUACUGGAAGUUGUCUCUUAUGGUGCAUCCUGAUAAGUGCACGCAUCCUGAAGCUCACCAAGCGUUCAUCAAGCUGAACAAAGCCUUUAAAGAUUUGCAAGAUCCAGAUAAAAGGAAAGUGUUGGAUGAGAAAAUAAAGCGCAAGGAAGAACAAGAGGAAAUGAAGGCAGAAUUACAAGCUAUGCGUGAAGCUGCCCAAUGGAGACGUUUGCAAGGUAUCUCCAUGGAAGGUGAUGAUCUGCUGUUAGCAGAGAUGGAGGUCAAAGUUGCACCAAAAAGAGAUGAAUGGAUGACUACACUGCCUCCUGAAAGAAAAGCUGGCGUUGUGAGCAUGCACUCAAAGACGAGCUUUAGCAAAAGCUCGAAAGAAGGCCGUGGUGAUACUAGUGCCUGGACAGACACCCCAUCAGAUCGAGCUCAGAAAGCCAAAAUGAAUUAUCUGGAGGCUUUCAAUGAGGCUUCAGCACUUGCUUCUAAAGAGCUGCAAGAAAAGAGUAGAUCAAGUGUCGAUGCUGAACUGGUGGAACAGUAUAACAAAUCGAGACGAUCAAAAUCUAUGGUAGAAAAGCAUCAAGAGACAGUUCGUACCAAGUCAAAGAAAAAAUCAAAGCAGGAAUCAACCAAAGAAGAAUGGCAAGGCAAUCAUCCAUGGAAACCUUGGGAUCGUGAGAAGGAUUUGACAGCGGGAAGGCAAAAUGUUAAGCUUGAUGCUGCGGACAUGUCUCAGGGUCUCACUUCCAGGUUUUCUUCUGGAUCCUUUCAAAGGAAUUUCCUUUAGAAGAGUUGUUGUCAUCUUCGAUGUUUUAAUUUGUAUUGGCCCUUAAUAUAUAUAUAUAUAUAUUAAGAUAUCCUGAACAUGAUCCAUCAAUUUAUCUUGUAGAGAUGUAUGUGUAACCAUCGAGCUGCAGAAUAAAAUUGUUUUUGAGUUUUUCUUA